AGAGUUCAGUGUAGCUGCUACUUGCGAUAACAGAGUUGCGGUCAUUCAUGUCCGGAGCGACGCCAUCUUUCUUCUUCUUCUUUUUUAGGGGCGACCAAUCUUAGGCGUCUUUACAGUCUUUACAAUUACCCGUCAUUCCCCAGAAACGUAUGACCUGUCCCUGGCCUUGGUGUGUGGUGCCGUGCAGCUAGUUGUCAGUGUCUGCAGGCUGUUGGAAUUAAAUUAAGGGUAAACCGGCUUGUGUUUUUAUCCGACAAGUCUGCGAGUAAACCGGGAGCUGAGCCACAAUGCUGAAAUGUAGGACUGUGUGGAAAAAGCUCGCUCCUUUGGCUAGAACUUCAUCAACUCUGUGCCGGCAGAAUGUGAGAAAAGCAGGUUUGAACAAUGGCAGAAUACCAACACACGUACCCACAGCUCACAUGUCCAGUGGGCUGCCAGGGGGAGGUGGGGAUAAUCUAAAGUAUGCCCUCCUGGUUGGAGCAGCCUCCAUUGGUGGCGUGGCAUAUGCGUACCAUACUAUGAAAGGAGACCAGCAAAGAUAUCAGGCGCGUAUCACUGAACUUUCGUCCAGAUCACAAAAAGCAGCUGCCAAAGAAUCAGUCACACCCAUCCAGCCUCAGCCUCCCGCUGUAGAAAACACUGAGACAAAAGCCACCACUGAGCCAAAACCUGAAGCAGCUCCUUCAUCCCAGGAGCCAAGCCCUCCAGCAUCAGGCACUGAAGCAGUAGCCACCAGUGAAACAACCGAACUGCCUCCAGCCGUGGGCUCCACACCUGCCUCUCUCAAGUUGCCCUCACAUGCCCCCUAUCUCCUCCUUGGUGGAGGUACUGCCUCUUUUGCUGCUGCUCGGUCUAUUCGAGCCAGAGACCCCGGUGCCAAGGUACUAAUUGUGACUGAUGAGCCAGACCUUCCAUAUAUGAGACCUCCUCUUUCUAAAGAGCUGUGGUUCUCUGAUGAUCCCAGUGUAACAGAAACUCUGCGCUUCAAACAAUGGAAUGGAAAAGAAAGGAGCAUCUACUUCCAGCCGCCGUCAUUCUACAUUAACCCAGAAGAGCUGGAUAGUGUAGAAAAUGGAGGAGUGGCUGUUCUCACUGGAAAAAAGGUGGUUCACAUGGAUGUGAGAGGAAACAAAGUAAAACUGGACGAUGACACUGAGAUUUCAUACGACAAGUGCUUGAUUGCUACAGGUGGCGUGCCAAGAAAUCUCCAAGUCAUUGAAAGAGCAGGAGAGGAAGUGAUGAAGAGGACCACUUUGUUCCGCAAGAUUGAGGACUUCAGAUCUCUGGAUAAGGUCUCGAGGAAUGUAAAAUCCAUCACCAUCAUCGGAGGUGGCUUCUUGGGCAGCGAGCUGGCUUGUGCCCUUGGCAGGAGAUCUACUGAGUCAGAUCUGGAGGUGAUACAGAUGUUCCCUGAGAAGGGUAACAUGGGAAAAGUGCUACCCGAGUAUCUGAGCAACUGGACAACAGAAAAAGUCAAGAAAGAGGGUGUAAAGGUUCUUUCAGAAGCUUUGGUGAAGUCUGUGACCUACAAAGAUGACAAAUUAGAAAUCCAUCUAAAGGAUGGUAGAUUGGUGAAAACUGAUCACAUUGUUACAGCUGUUGGCCUAGAGCCAAAUGUUGACCUUGCUAAGUCAGGUGGUCUGGAGGUGGACUCUGACUUUGGUGGCUACCGGGUAAAUGCAGAGCUGCAAGCGAGGUCCAAUAUUUGGGUGGCAGGAGAUGCUGCGUGUUUCUAUGAUAUCAGACUAGGUCGCAGACGUGUGGAACACCACGAUCACGCUGUUGUGAGUGGUAGACUAGCUGGGGAGAACAUGACGGGAGCCAACAAACCCUACUGGCAUCAGUCCAUGUUCUGGAGUGAUCUGGGUCCUGAUGUAGGCUACGAGGCUAUCGGGAUUGUUGACAGCAGCCUACCAACAGUAGGCGUGUUUGCUAAAGCCACUGCCAAGGAUACGCCUAAAGCUGCUACAGAAGAGUCAGGAACUGGGAUCCGCUCAGAAAGUGAAACGGAGGACACAGCCACCAGCGCGGUGGCCUCUGUGACACCUGCUCCUGUCGUGGAGAACAAAGACGACUAUGGCAAAGGAGUCAUCUUCUACCUAAGAGACAAAGUGGUGGUGGGCAUUAUCCUGUGGAACGUGUUUAACAGAAUGCCCGUUGCAAGGAAGAUCAUCAAGGAUGGAGAAGAGCACGCAGAUCUGAACGAAGUGGCCAAGCUGUUCAACAUCCACGAGGAUUAAGACUGUGGGGACGACAAACGUGCACGGGAGGGAGUGGGGCUUCAUGUGACAGCUGAACUCUGGGACUCAUUGCCACAUUCUCUAAGACACAACUGGUCACACAUAACAAAUGAGGAUCAAUGUAAAUUAUGUUGGUGAAAUAUUUUCAUAUUUGGAAUUUAUAUCUGUUGCGCUUGUUUUUACUUUUUGGUUGGCUUGUUUUUCCUCCUUUUAGGAGAAGUCUCUGUGUUAUCUUUCUGCUGUCACCAAACUCUCGUGAUUGCUUAUCUGCAUUCCCCCCCACCAGGCUGCAAAUGUUGCACAUGGGUCGUAGUUUCCUUCGGUGUGAUCAAAGCAGCUUGUUCAGAGGAGAAAAAAAAAGCUGCAAUAAAAGCUAUUUUUAAAUCACUCA